AUCCUGUGAAAGGAGCUCUAGAAGCAGAGCAGUGUUUGGACAAGUGCGAUACCCAGACAAUUCAGCUGGCCCUGCAGAGAACGGUGGAGUUUUACAGACAGAGGGAAAUCAGUGGACAAGAGUUUGUACGAAGUUUGUCAGACGAGCAGAAGUGUUUGUUUGAGAACUCUCGCUGUGACAGCCAGACUGACAUCUCAGGAAUACUGAAAUACACAGCAACUAUUUUAGGCGUGGACUUUGCCGACAUACGUGGCCGAUUUGGGGAGGAAUUCUUUGGCUUGUGUCUGGAGGAGAACGAGAGGGUUCUGCGAGCUCUUGGAGGAAACCUGCAGGACUUUUUCAAUGGUUUCGACGCUCUUCUAGAACACAUCAGAACGUCCUGCGGUCGCCGAGCGUUGUCCGAGGCUCCUUCUUUCCUAUGCAAAGACGCUCCUCAGGAGAGCGAAGAGACGAAUGCGGAGAGCGACGUGGGACGGACUCUUCUCCUCCACUGCUUCAACCCCGACACUACUGUGGGCGUGGCCAUGCCGGGCUUGAUCCGAGCCGCCGCACGACGCAUCUACCAAUCAGACGUUUCGGUGGAGGAAGCUCCUCCCACGUGGCUGCACACGGCCAAUGAAGACAGCGAGCUCUCUGCUGACUCCUCCCCAUCUUCAUCUCCAUCUCCAUCUCCGCCGUCAUCUUCAUCGCCCGCCUGUUUGUCCUUCCUCAUUCGAGAGGUUCGGACUCAACCCGCAUCCUCGUCGUCGCACACCGCCGCAUCUCGCCAGCUGUCGCGCUCGCCGCUGGAUUUGCGCAUCGGUCUGAGCACGUUUUGCCGGGCCUUUCCCUUUCACCUGGUUCUGGGACCCAACAUGGAGGUCCUGCAGGUCGGGGAGGGGCUUCGAAAACAGGCCAAGAGUGACCCGCACCGGACGCUCACCUUCAACAACAGCUUUGAGCUGGUUUCUCCCAGAAUCCCCUGUUCCUUCCAGAACAUUCUGCUCCGGUUGUCCACGCCGUUCACCAUUCGUACGCGACCUGACGGAUCGGCACUCGACAGCAGAGAUAAGGUGAUGGAGCUCAAAGGUCAGAUGCUUCACCUCCCAGAAUCCAACUCCAUCAUGUUUCUGGGCUCGCCGCGUGUUGAUAGGCUGGAGGAGCUCAUGGGGCGGGGCUUACAUCUGUCUGACAUCCCUAUUCAUGACGCCACACGUGAUGUCAUUCUGGUUGGAGAACAGGCCAAAGCUCAGGACGGACUGAAGAAGCGCAUGGAUAAACUCAAAGCCACCCUGGAGAAAACCCAUCAGGCUUUAGAGGAGGAGAAGCGCAGAACAGUCGACCUGCUCUACUCCAUUUUUCCCGGCGAUGUGGCUCAGAGACUGUGGCAGGGCCUUCCGGUUCAAGCCAAGAAGUUUGAUGACGUCACCAUGCUGUUCUCUGACAUCGUGGGCUUCACGGCCGUGUGCGCGCAGUGCACACCAAUGCAGGUCAUCAGCAUGCUGAACGAGCUCUACACGCGCUUUGACUACCAGUGCGGAAUACUGGACGUCUAUAAGAUUGAGACUAUCGGUGAUGCGUACUGCGUGGCAGGCGGGCUUCACAGGAAGAUUGACAGCCACGCUAAGCCAAUCGCGCUCAUGGCCCUGAAGAUGAUCGAGCUGUCAGAAGAAGUGCUGACGCCCGAUGGGAAGCCGAUCAAGGUGAAUUAGAGGUUAUAUUUGGAACCAGUGUAAUAUA